AUGGUUAAUAAAUUAGAAAUAUUGCCAAAUGAGAUCUUUUUACAUAUAUUUUCUUAUUUAUCAUGGGAUGAUAUAUUAAUAUCACUAUGGUCAAUAAAUGAACGCAUUAAUUCUUUCAUUUGUUCGAUAUUUUCAAUAAAUAAAUAUGGAAUUAUAUUUAAUAAACCAGGUUUAUCAUAUAAAAAAUGUUCAUCGAUAUUAUUUCCAUUAAUAUUUAAUUCAUCAUCUCUUUGUUCGAAUAUAAAAUCCAUGUAUUUUGAUGGAAUUUAUUCAAUUCCUUUUGAUUUUAUUUAUGAAAAAUUUUUUUAUCAUAAUGAUAAACAAAGAAUUUAUUUUCCUAAUCUUAAAUCGCUUUAUAUAACUAAAUGUUUAUUAUCUCAACCAAUUCUUCAAAUCUUAUCAACAUUGAUCAAAUAUCAGUUAGAUGAACUUCUAUUAACAUUUCAUGGAGAUAUUAAUGAAAUAUUUGAUCAUACCGGAGAUUUGGUAUCUAAUAUUUCUAUUGAAAAAGAUAAAGAAAGAAUGUUUCAACAACUUUUAUGUCAAAUAUUUUCUGAUCAAUGUCAAUUAACAUCUUUGAAACUUAAUAUUAAAGAAAUAAUUGAUAGUGUUGAUCAAUGUUUAAAAUCACAUCCUUCUCUUCCAUCAAAAACAGUUUCAGAUGGAUUACAAUCUUAUUGUACAACUUUACGUCAUUUGGAUAUUCAUUUGAAUAAUGCAGAUUUUUUGGAAGAUAUUAUUGAACGUAUACCUAAUGUUGAACAAUUAUCAGUUGAUCUUAAAAAAUUACAACGUUAUUGGAGUCCCACUGAUUCCGAGCUUCAAAGUUUAAUACUUCCAAAUGGAAAUUGGUUUAAUAAAGUACCAAAAUUGAAAUGUUUUACAUUGAAGAGUUGUAUUUAUAAUGAUCUCGAGUUUACUUAUUUAAAAUGGCUUCUUAAUAAUAUUAAUCAUGUUACAAAACUUGAUAUUCAUUUAUAUAAUGACGAUGUUUGGAGAAAAGAUCAAACAAUAUGGAAAUCUAUUAUUGAUGCAAAUUUUAUUCGUCAAUAUUGUUUACCUGAUCAAAUCAUUAAUCUUCGAGAUUUCCAGUUUUAUAUUUGUAUACGGUAUCAAUUGUUAAUAAGUAAUAUUGAAAAAAUAAAAAAUUCUUUUCGAAUUCAUCCUUUCUUUAUUGAUCAUCAAUGGACAAAUGUUGAAUGUUUUUAUCAACAGAAAGGAUCAUAUCAACAUAUUUUUUCUUCUACUUUGAGAAAAUUACAAUUUUUUGAUGCUUUGAUGGAUCAUCCGAUUCUCGUAGAAUGGUUACCUGCUCAUGUUAAAAUUUAUUUGCGUCCAUCAAUUUAUUUAUUUUUUGAGCAAUUCAAUAAAUUAUGUCCUAAUGCUUCCUGUAUCACAUUUAUUUCAGGAUGCUCUCCUGAAUAUUUAGAAAGAUUAAUGGCAUUGUCAACAUUAUUCCAAACCCAACAACUAAAUAUAAAUAAUAUUCAAUUUCAAAAUGUUACAAAACUUCGACUUGGACAUAUGUAUAAUCGUCGUUUUCCACAUCUUGAAAACUUUAGAGAUGAAUAUAAAACACUUGCCAAAAUAUAUGCUCAUAUUAUUUCAAUGUGUACUCAACUUAGAUAUCUUUCUGUCUCAAAAUUUGAAUGGUUAUUAUAUAUUAUUGAAUAUGCAUUUGAUGAUUUGCGAAAGGAUGCAUUAAGUGCUGUUCAAUAUGCUGAGUUUGGCAUUACAAGUUGUAAUUUUGGUUAUAAUGAAUCCGUUCAUGUUGGUAAACAUCUUGUAUCGGUUCUUGGUACUUUUAUGCCUCAUUUAAAAACAUUAUGUCUUUGGAGGUUGGAUGAUUUUCCAUGGACAUCAAUUCGACCAGAUAUUCCUUCAAGAAGAUAUGGGAUUUUAAUUCUACGAUGGCAAAAAACUUUACGAACAUCUGAAUCAAUUCUUCAACAUGUACGUGUUUUUGAAGAAGAUCUUUGUGAGUUAGUUGAACAAUUAAAAGGGCUGGUCUACUUAAAUAUUUAUGGUAAAACUUCAUACAAAAAAGUUGAACUAUAUCGUUUAAUGGUUCAAAAUCGUUUUCCAAACAGUCAUAAUGAUAUUCAAACAUCAAGAUUUCGUCUUUGGAUAUGA